AUGAACACAAUUGAGUAUUCAUAAUAGAAUAAGUAUUUGAUUAAAUCAUUACUCAACAAUUUAUACUUUACUUUUGAUAAAAAAGAUUCAUUGAAAUAUACAAAAGAAAUAAAUGAUAUAGAGUAUUUUUGGGGAAUACUUAGUUUGGAUUAAGAUGUAAACUUUAAUUAAAAUUACUCCUUAAGGUUUGGAGAGUUUCUCUAAAUUUCUACAAUUAAAUCCUAAAACUAAAGUCAAUUAUUAAGCAAAUAGCCUCUAUUGAUACAAUAACCUGAUACUUCAAUCAUUUCAGCCUAAACAUUUUAGAGACUUAAAGAUAACUUAGUUCAAAAGCAACCAUGUGUCUUUCUAAAUUCUGAAACCAAUUUUUAUUUAACAAUCAAUUAAGAUAAAAUUACUUUCUAAGAAUUCCCUACUCCUGGAAGUUAUUUUUAAAUUAUACCUCUAUAUGAAUAAGAAUUAUCACCAAUUAGACCUCUUAUUUAAUUUCAAUAUGAGUAUGAAAUUAGAAAUUAUGUAACUGGAUAUUCACUUAAUAUAAGUUCUUAACCUUAAAAAAAACAAAUAUUAGGUGCAAUAAGAAGCAAUAAAAAAUGUGAAAUAUGGAAUUUAAUAAAAACUCAUAAUUUUGAUAACUCAUUUUAAAUUCUUAAUCUUAAGUAUGAGAAAUAUAUCGAUACAGAAUAUCAAAAUACUAUAGAGUUGGUCAAUACAAAACCAUAUAUUGUAAACUGGGAAUUUCUAAGUAAUAUAUUAACCAAAUUUAUUAGCAAUUGAUGGAAAAGAACUAUCAUAUGGUAUCCCUUUUGUUAUUUAACAACCAUUUACUAAAUACUUUUUAACAAUGUAAGUAUUUAACUUAAAAGAACCUCAAAAUUAUUAAUAAUGUGUUUACUAAAGUGAAAUCUUAGAGCCAACUUCAUUAUGGAUAAUUUUUAAACAUUCUAUUUGA